GGUAUUCUGCUCUGUGUAGUGGGCUCCAUCGAGUCAUUGAUGACCUCCGAGGUGGUGGAGUCCUUCACCAAGACACCCAGCGAGGGUGACCGCUCGUUAUUUGCCAUGGGUCUGGGUAACAUCGUCUCAGGCUUCCUGGGUGGCAUGGGUGGCAAUGCGAUGAUUGGCCUCUCAACCAUCAAUGUGCUAAAUGGUGGCCGAGGGCGGAUGGCCCCGACCUGCACAGCCAUUGUUGUCAUGGCCUCUGUCAUGGGCGCCUACAAGUUACUGAACUUCAUCCCAGUGGCGGCUCUUGCAGGUAUCAUGAUUGUAGUGGUGCUUCACACCUUCAAAUGGUUCUCCUUGGGGAUGAUCCUGGCUGCAAUUCUGCCCAAGUCCUGCCGGGACCGCCUGAACUUGCAUCGAAAGGUGCCGCGGGUGGAAGCUUUGGUGGUUCUAGUGGUGACCAUCUUGUCCAAACAGACGAACAUCGCCAUCGCCGUGUUGGUCGGUGUGUCAAUUUGCGCGGUGAGCUUUGCCUGGGAUGCCGGGCAAGAGUUCCAGCUGAGCGAGUCAAUGGCCGGGGCAAUCAAAGUGUAUGACGUUGACGGCCCUUUGUUCUUCACCUCUGCAAAUCGCCUGGUGAAGUUGCUGGACCCCACAAAGGAUCCUGAGGAGGUGGAACUCCGAUUUGGCGAAGCAACGUUGAUGGACUUUACCUCGGUGGAGACCCUCCACAAGAUCGCGCUGAACUACCAAAACGCAGGCAAGACAAUUACCUUCCACACGCUGAAUUUGAGCAGCCAGAAGAUCAUCGAGAAGGCCAACCACCUAGUGCGUGCGAUCGAGUACACUUCCUCGGAUGAUGCCGUCCGGCUUCCGAGCGUGCCCAGCUUCACCGAAGGCUUUCGCCGGGACCCGAUGGCCCACGAGGGCGUCUUCGAGCGCAUCGCCAGCUUUGACCUGAUCCUCAGUCCAAGAGGAACUGAGCGCAAGAAGGAGGACAUGUCCAAAGCGAUGGAAGCUGACGUGUAGACCUUGUCUAGAUGUCCUCCAGCCACUUUUUGCUCUUACGGUUCAAAGCGAUCGACCUCGCACACUGUUGCGGCCAAUCCAGAUACGCUCUGAAUUCACGCUUGGCAUGACUUAUGUUGUACCCUAGGGUUCUUCGAGCACAUCUCCAAAGCGAGCAGCUUGACCAGUGUGAACACAAUACAAGGAGGUGAAGGACCCUUGGCCAUUUUCCACAAAUUAGCUUGACCUGCAGCAGACAGUGUCUUCGUGCCAAAUGCGCAUGGAUGUACCGCCUGACACAGGGCCCUGACCCAUGGCGGCCGUUUGGGUGUCUUGAAGAGGGGCCUGAGGGCAAAGAUGGUUGUCGGUGCUGACAAAAACAGCGCCUUACCGAGUAAAGUUUGCCAGGGGCCUGGGUUUGCUGAUGGCCUCAUUCGGUCUUUUUUUGGCCCCA